AUGGACUUUUAUCGAGUGAACCUGGCCAUCUUGGUCGUCGCAAAUGUGUCUUCUUUCAUCUAUCAUCGUCGCUCUCAGAUCCACAAGCAGCGGGAUCGUGGUGUCCCACGGGAUGAACAAAGUGAAGCAGUCGCUACCAAGUUUCAACGGGAGUUCCUCUUCGUCUACGCCUUGGUGGCCGCAGCUGAUUGGCUUCAAGGUCCUUACACCUAUGCGGUUUACAAAUACGAAAAGCAGCUCGAUGAACACACUGUCGCGCUUUUAUACGCCUCGGGCUUUGUAUCUGGUGCUGCAAGCGCCCCCUUUGCAGGACAACUCGCAGAUCACUAUGGAAGGCGGGCUGCCUGCGUUGCAUAUUGCAUCUGCUACGGGAUUACAUGCCUAACGAUGCUUAGCCACAGUCUCUACGCCCUAUACCUCGGCCGCUUCUUUGGAGGCAUUGCAACUACAUUGUUAUUUAGCGUCUUCGAGGCCUGGAUGAUUACCGAAUACCAUCUAUUGCAGCUUGACGAGAGCAUGGUUUCUCUCAGUCAAGUUUUUGCAAACAUGGUCACCACCAGCACGACCACGGCGAUAUUCUCUGGCAUGAUAGGGAAUGGCCUUGUCCAAUGGUUCAAUUCUCACCUGGUACCCUUUCUUGCCAGCCUUGUCUGCUGUAUCGGGGCCGGCGUGCUCAUUUUGGUCAUGUGGCGAGAAAACUAUGGCAGUGUCGAUAAGUCGAAGAAAACAUCAGGAGCUCAAAGGUUCAAGCAUCACAUGCUUAUUAGAGCUCUAAUUAACCCCAAGGUUAUGGCUCUGAACUUUGCUUCUUGUUGUUUCGAAGGUUCAAUGUACCUUUUCGUGUUUUUCUGGUCAGCUGCCUUAAAGAGCGCAAGAGUAAAAUCGGGAAAUGAGGACGAGCUCCCCUUUGGUCUCAUCUUCUCGAGUUUCAUGUGCGCCAUGAUGGUCGGAUCUAGAAUCACCACGAUGCAGAACCCGUUGCCUUCAAAAGAUGGCACAUUGAACAAGCUCAUGAUCGUAUUCGCCAUAAAAUCCGGAGCAUUCGCUAUUUCAACAAUGCUAGACCACGAAUAUAUGCUCUUCUGGGCGUUCUGUAUUGUUGAAGGCUGUGUGGGCGCAUAUUUUCCGAACAUGGCCCUCAUCAAGAGCAACAUAGUUGACGACUAUGAGCGAGGUGGGGUCUAUAGCGCUCUUAGGCUGCCUCUAAAUGUCUUCGUGGUUGUCGUACACAGCCUCGAUCGUGAUGGUAAGAAUAUUCCAGCUUGGCCUGUUUAG